AUGGCUGGUUCUCACGACGUCCGGUCCAUUAUCGCUGGCAUAGCGAGCGAGUCCGAAUCGGCUCGCAAGCUCAGCGCGUAUCAUCUACAAUCACUCGUCAGCGAUCCUGCGUUUGCGCAUGCCUUUGUGCAGGCUCAGGGAGUGCCUGCGCUGAAGCAGGUCGUCCUUGAAGACAAUGGAAAUGCUCUUGCCUAUGCGCUAGGUAGCUUGACGCGUCUGCUGGAGAUGGACCUAGGUUGGGACCGCCUGAGCUCAGAUGUGAUAGAACGUGCUGUCCAAGUUGUCGUCAAUCGCCCUGUUAUCAAUGUCCUUCGCAACGCGUUGCUUCUCCUGGUUCUGGUGGUAUCACGACCCUUCGAUCCUCACAGGCUACAGCAAACCUCCGAAGACGAAUUUGGAUUCAAGUCUCUGGUGCCCCUCUUGCAAGUCCACACCAACUUUCUCGACUGCUUGGUAGAUAAGUUGGCUUCUGCUGAUCAUGCCUUGUGCGCGAAUGCUCUGCAUCUGAUAAAUGCAUUGAUGCGAGAUUCUGUUGCCAAUGGAGGGGAGACCGAAUGGCCCAAAUUCAUCAGCAGGCUGCAGGAACUGGGUGUCAUCAGCGGUGUCGAAGAUCUGAUGCACGGUGAUUCACUUCACGAGAUUGCUGCUCCCGUCCUUGAGUUCCAAAAUCUGAUGAAGAUACUCUAUGCUCGCUGGAGACACAUAUUGGUUGACUCCGAGAAGACCGAGCAUCGAAGAUCUCUCAAAGAACUUCAGGUUUCUAGCUUUCCCUCAAACUAUCGAGCUAGCCAGCAAGAUCUUGAUCUUGACAAGUGGCAACGUCUAGGUUUCUCGUCCGACAACCCAGCAGCGGACCUUGACGAGACCAGGUUCCUAGGCAUGAUGAAUCUUACAGAGUAUGUCCGCCGGAACAGAGACGCUUUCCAAAAGGAAUUGCUGGAGCAGAGUGUUAUCCCUCUGGAACAACGCUGUCCCAUUGCGAAAGCAAGUUUGAGCAUCACCAUGGUCCUCUACGAGCAUUUUGAGAUAUCUAAGAUGGACGGCCAAGAUCCCACAGGAAACACCACUACCGCCGAGGAUAUCAAAGAUGCCGAGAUACUUGCCAAACCGCUUUUGUUGCGCUGGGAAGACGUGCACGCUGCCUCACUCAAUGCCUUUAUCCGUCUGUGGAAAGAAGCACGUGCAACUAUCGACGACUAUCGUAAGAUCGAUGACCUUUCAAGGCUUCUCAUCCGCACGAUCCUAGGUCAAUCCGACAGACGAGCCACUAUGGAUCAAGUCGAGGAGCAACUCGGGAGUACCACUCUAGCAAAAGUCAGAGAAUGGCAGUUACAGGACGUCUCGCAAAUUUACGAAUAUGCUUGGGGUCAAGAUCUAAGAAAUCUUCGUGAGCAAACUCACACAGAUGCACUUUUGUUCAUGCGUGAGCAGCGUAUCAAGUGUUUACUCAAAGGCACCUGGUUCCCCAUCAUCUCAUCUUCCACGUCUCCCUCCAACAUAUCCAUCACUUCAGCAGAGUCGCAAAAUUUACGCGUGACAGCAUGGCGCUUCGUCCGUCUCUCCAGCGACAGAAGAUUCUUGCAUCACGCAUCUCACAACACCAAACUCGACAAACCACCACAACUCCACGAAUUGAACGAGAAGCUUGAUUUGGAAACCAUCAGUUCCGUUGACUCUAGUGUCGCAAGAUCAGAUGUUCUCAUCGAUGACAACGCGAACAGAUCCAAAGACAAGCAUACAUCUUCUACAGGCACAAUCACACGACUGACAAUCUUUGGCAACCCAAACACAUUUGCUAGAACCCAGAUGCCUGGGGAGUCAGUAUUGCUCGAGUUGAAUACAGGCAGCACAUCACUUGCUUCCGAGUGGCUGGAUGGUCUUCUCAUGCUGCUGAAUCAACAACCCAUCACCGCGGAUACAAACAAGUAUGUCGGCUUGCUCGAGCAGUGGAGUUUGACGAUUCGCAUGUUGAACUUGCGUUGGGAAGACGUGGAUUGGGAAAGGGCUCAGGAUAAUAAGCAAUUGCCUGUUCCAAGCAGGGCUGGGCUAGACGACGACUUCUGGUAUGAGAUGUGA